CGGGGCGUGUUGUGCCGGGCCCAGUUCCGCGUUGUGCCGGGCCGAGCGGAGCCGCCGGAGCGUGGGGCAGCAGCUUUGCAAGAGGAGGCUCUGGGCUGCAGAGCUGAGGACGUGGUUGCUCCUGCACUGCUUUCAGAUCCUGGAGAAGUGGUGGAGAGGGAAUAGCUGGGAGGAGCUGGAAGGGGUCCCCAGAGGUGACUGAUCUAUGAAAUGGCAGAGAAUGGCACAGACUGUGACCAGAGACGCAUAGGAAUGAGCAAAGAGCAGCACAAUGGCAACUUCACAGAUUCCUCGAUGUUGAGUGAGCGGAAGCGAAGGGAGCGAGAGGAGAGGUUGAAUAUUGUGCUGUGGAAAAAACCUCUUGUUACCUUGCAGUAUUUUUGCCUGGAAACUCUAAUAAACUUGAAGGAAUGGACCAUAAAAUUGUGGCGGCGGCGAGGGGUCCUGGCGUGCGUGGUGCUGGCACUGGCAGUGCUCACAGCCCUGUACUACAUCGAGGGAGCACAUCAACAGUAUGUGCGGUACAUGGAGAAGAAGUUCUUCUGGUGUGCCUACUGGGUAGGAUUGGGCAUUCUGUCCUCUGUUGGGCUUGGAACAGGUCUCCACACCUUUCUGCUCUACUUGGGUCCACACAUAGCCUCAGUCACUCUUGCUGCCUAUGAAUGUAACUCUGUGAAUUUCCCUGAGCCUCCUUACCCGGAUCAAAUCAUCUGCCCCGAUGAGGAGACAGCUGAAGGCUCCAUCUCCUUGUGGGCAAUCAUCUCAAAAGUCAGGCUGGAGGCCUGCAUGUGGGGUGCUGGUACAGCCAUUGGAGAGCUGCCCCCCUAUUUCAUGGCGAGGGCAGCCCGGCUGUCGGGUGCCGAACCUGAUGAUGAGGAGUACCAGGAAUUCGAGGAGAUGCUGGAACACGCAGAGACUGCACAAGACUUUGCUUCCCGGGCGAAAGUGGCCGUGCAGAACCUGGUGCAGAAGGUUGGGUUCUUUGGGAUCCUGGCCUGUGCCUCGAUCCCAAACCCCCUGUUUGACCUGGCUGGGAUAACUUGUGGCCACUUUCUGGUUCCCUUCUGGACCUUCUUCGGUGCAACCUUGAUUGGAAAAGCCGUGAUUAAAAUGCACAUCCAGAAACUCUUUGUCAUCAUCACCUUCAGCAAACACAUCGUGGAGCAGAUGGUGGCCCUCAUCGGUGCUAUUCCGAGUAUAGGUCCUUCUCUUCAGAAGCCAUUUCAAGAAUAUUUGGAAGCUCAGAGGAUAAAACUUCACCACAAAUCCGACAGUGCUGUGCCACAGGGGGAAAACUGGCUAUCCUGGAUAUUUGAAAAAUUGGUGAUUGUCAUGGUUUGUUAUUUUAUCUUAUCUAUAAUCAACUCCAUGGCCCAGAGCUAUGCCAAGCGACUGCAACAGAAGAUGUACUCAGAAGAAAAAACCAAAUGAGCUUGGAAAAAAUGGGAAAAACCCCUCAGGAUGGGUUUUGGCAGACACAAGAAAUGACACAACUUUUCAUAUGUUUAAAAAACAGCAUUAUUCAAAAGGGGGAAAAUUUUUAACAUCAAUUUUCAACUCGUAACAAGUUUGGUUUUUUUUUAUUUGAUUUUGAAAGUAAUUUGGAUAUUAGAGCAACGGUUUCAUUGACAAAUUUAUAAACGUUAUGGUAAGAGGUGAAUGCUUCACCAGUCUGGGUUGUGUUUUACAGGAUGGGCAGUGGGGUGUUAAAUGCAGUUUGACACAAAUGUUGUCCAAUCCAAAUUACUUCCAAAACUGAUGGUUUAAUACUCCCCAUCUCCUGAUUUAACUUCAGACUCGCCUGAGGGUAACAUUUUCUUUUGAAGGGUGGCUGGUUUGCUUUUUCCAUAAGUUUCAAGACCAUGAAAAUGUAAAUAACUGAGUACAGGUCGGGUACAAAGUGUUGCAUGUGCCUCAUGGUAAGGCUGUUCUGUCUGAGUUCCCAGUGUCCCAUUGCAUUGCACGCUGGAAAAGCCACCCUCUCCAACUUCAUGAUGUUAGCAGAGAUGGUUGAUGUCAAAAUGCUGAAGCCAACAUUUUUUUAUUCUGUAUAUUUAGAAUGAAGUUAAGAUAAAAACUUUAUAAAGUCAUCUUAUGAUCAUUCCAGAA